ACUUUUAUUUCCGCACAGAAAACUGAAAAAGGAAAUACUUUCUGUUAACCAAAACUAAGUCCAAGGUCAUCUCAUUUGUAUUAAUAAGUUUGUUAUCAACCCAGUUAGCUAUGUAUACAGAGUGAUGUUUCACUCUCUUUGUGUGUCAGUUCCUUUUCUGCCCUGGCUCCUCCUCCCCUGCCCCGCCAAUGAAUGGGACCUUUGUGGGGGUUUUCCUGGCAUUCCAAGGGAAUUCUUUUGCAGGUGAGGGUACGCAAAUACUCCCACCCUCUGACUCUUGCAGCUUACUAUUCACAAGUCAACGUGCAAAUAUGCUCCAAGGUGUUUGCAGUGCUCAGCUGUGCUAAUCUCAAAAGACUUGCAGCAACUACAAGGGUGUGAUCACAAGAGCAGACAAAGUGGGAGGGAAGGAUCCCAUUCAGGUGAGCGACCAUACGCAUGCCUAGAAACAUGCUCACUGGAGUCUAGUGCCACACAAUGAGACACAUUGUACAGAUGAAAUGAGGCAGCAGACUGUGAGCUGAUAUUUGCUUUCUAUAACUAUGAAGAAUGGCUUUACAAUAGCAGGAAGAGGGAUCAUCUAGGAUCACAGGACAGUGCUGUUACCUGGUGUGGAUAAGAGCAGUACCACUGAGUUGUAUGAGUAACAGGCUGGCAGAGGAAAACACCAGGCACUACUCACACUGGGACACUGAAGCAUCAUGUUGCAAACAGUUGGGGAGUGGAUCUGGUGGGACCGUUUGUGGCUGCCAGGAAAUUUGUCCUGGUCUGCUUUAGAGGACAAGGAAGGUCGUGUCUAUGCGAAAGUGUCUCAUCUUUAUGCCUCUCUACCCUGUGCCCUUUGCCUGCUUGUAGUCAGAUACCUGUUUGAAAGGUACUUUGCCACACCACUGGCUAAUUUUUGGGGAAUCAGGGACAAGAUACGUCUCCCAGCAGAACAAAACCCUAUUCUAGAAAAAUACUUCUGCAGCCAAACACGGGUUCCUUCUCAAGCUGACGUGUGGUCUCUGUGUAAGAAGACUGGCUGGCCAGAAAGAAGAGUUCAGGUGUGGUUCAGGAGGAGAAGGAACCAGGAGCGACCGGGGCUUCGAAAGAGGUUCAGUGAAGCCAGUUGGAGAUGUGCAUUUUAUCUUUUUGCAUUUUUUGGUGGAAUCCUAGCUCUCUAUGAUAAACCCUGGGUUUAUAAUCUAAGGGAAGUUUGGGCAGGUUUUCCUAAACAGUCCCUUCUGCCAUCACAGUACUGGUAUUACAUGUUGGAAAUGGGCUUCUAUCUUUCUUUGGUCUUCAGUCUCACAUUUGAUGUGAAACGAAAAGACUUUAAAGAGCAGGUGGUUCAUCAUAUGGCCACACUGACUCUCCUGAGUUUCUCCUGGAUUUCAAACUUCGUCCGUAUCGGAACCCUUGUCAUGGUUGUUCAUGACUCUUCUGACAUCCUACUCGAGGGUGCAAAAGUAUUCAACUACGCCACAUGGCACCAGACUGCUAACGGCAUAUUUGUGGUGUUUGCAGUCGUCUUUAUGGUGACAAGACUUAUUAUUUUUCCUUUUUGGCUGAUUCACUGUACAUGGGUGUACCCACUGGAAUUGUAUCCUGCCUUCUUUGGCUACUAUUUCUUCAACGUCAUGUUGUUGGUUCUCCAGUUGCUCCACCUGUACUGGGCUGCUCUCAUAUUAAGAAUGGUUUACAAGUUUAUCUUUACCCAGCUGGAAGGCGAUGAUAGGAGUGAUAAAGAGGAAGAUGACAGUGACCCACCGAUAGAAAGAAACCACAAACCGAGUCACAUGAAUGGUUCUGGUGCCAGAGGCAGGGCCAAUGGCCACUGAAACAUACAGAGAGAAACAGAGAAAGAUGUACAGCAGAUAUGUGGACAUUUUUCUUCAAGUCUUUGGAUUACAACUGUUAGAGUUUAACUGUUUGUAAAAUGAUAAAGCACAUAGUAUUAUUCUAAAG